CCAAGCAGAGAUGAAUCACAUCCUACGCCCACUCUUGAACGAAUACGUGGUGGUGUACCUGGACAACAUCCUCGUCUACUCGCACGACAAGCAACAACACGUCGAGCACCUACGACGCGUCUUCAGAAUUCUUCGACAAGAACGCUUCUACGUCAAACUAUCCAAGAGCGACUUCGCCCUCGAGAAAGUCCAAUUCCUCGGACAUAUCGUAAACGCUCAAGGAGUUCAUGUCGGCCCCAAGAAAAUGGAAGCCGUGCGUACGUGGAAGACACCCGAGAACGUGAAGGAGUUACAGCAGUUCUUUGGCUUUGCUAACUGCUACAACAGGUUCGUGCCGCAAUACACGAAGAUCGCCGCACCACUCACGAAUCUGCUAAAGAAGAACACGCCCUAUAACUGGGAACCAAGACACCAGGAAGCCGUGGAGCAGCUGAAACAAGCACUCACGUCCGCAUCUGUCAUCAUCUUGCCAGAUCCCGAACGCGACUUCGUCAUCGAAGCGGACGCCAGUGAGCAGGCAGUGGGAGCAGUCUUGAUGCAAGACCAGGGGAAUGGCCUGCAACCAAUUGCCUACCUCAGCAAAAAAUUACAGGGGGCAGAACUCAACUACCCGAUACAUGACAAGGAGGCCUUUGCUAUCAUCAUCGCCUUCAAAACGUUGAGAUGUUAUCUCAAAGGACGCAAGACAACAGUCUACACCGACCAUUGCAGCCUAAAAUAUUUGAAGACGCAACCAAGCCUCUCUAGGCGGCAGGUCCGGUGGAUUGACUUUCUUGAGACACACUUCCACUACGACAUCGUGUACAAGCCCGGCCAUAAAGACAAAGCAGAUGCGCUUAGCCGGCCUGCACACGUUGCCGCUAUCCAAGUUGAAGGGAUGAAUCCACUCCUCGAGGGACUCUUCACACAUGGGUACACCAUCGACCCCGAAAUUCCCUUGGCAGAAAAGCGACAUCUGCUAUAGUGGGACAACGACAUCGCGUACUGGA